AUGUCCAGUUCUGUUGCGGUCAUCUCUCUGGCCGUGGGCGCUCUGGCAGUGCUGUAUUUUUGUAUAAACAACACACGCGGCCAGAGAGGAACCAAGAAGCCUCUUCAGAAACUGCCACUCAUAGGUGAUCUCCACCAGUCUCCAAUCGAAAAGCCUCUGGUCAACUGGAGCGCGUGGUCAAAAGACCAUGGCUCCAUCACAGUUUCAAGGCUUUUUGGGAUCGUACCCAUUGUCGUGCUUAACUCAUAUGAGGCUGUCACUGAGCUUUUCAAUCGUCGCAGCCAAUGGUACAGCAACCGGCCAGCCUCUGUGAGCAUGGAGAUGAUCACUGGUGCUAAACCAGGUCGCUCUCGGUUUACGCUAAUGCAUGACUACGACGAUCACCUGAAGCUGCACCACCGAGUCCUCUCACCGAGCCUUGGUGCACUUGCAGCAAGUCAGUUUCAGCCGCUUAUGGAACUUGAGGCCAAGCAGCUCCUUUUCGACCUCAUCACUGCAAUUGAAAAGUCUACCGAUGGUUCCACUAUCUCUACAAAGACCAUCUACCCUCUACUCGAAAGGACUCAGUCCAGUGUCAUACUGGCCCUCCAUUAUGGUAUUCGCAUCCCUACACUUGAAGAGCCCAUUCUCCAUGAAGUUAUCGACAUCCAAGCGAAAGUUACCCAUCUCGCGGCAAAUCCGCAGCUACCGGACCUGAUGCCUUUCCUUCGCCACCUGCCUGCUUUCCUCUCCCCGUGGCAAGGUCCUGCCGACAGGCUCUACACCUCUCAAGUCGAUCUCUACAUCCGUCUUCUGCGCUGUGGGAGAGAUGCACCAGGCUGGAACGCCACAAAGCAAGCCACCGCAACUGCAGCGAAACACGCGCCUGCAGACUCUCCAGUGUCAGAUCUCGACCUUGCAUUUACACUCGCAACAUCCAUCCAAGGUGGCAUGGAAACGUCUCCGCGCCAGAUGCUCUGGCUGUUCGUUGCAGCAGUUCAUAACCCUGGCUUCAUGACGCGUGCGCAUGAAGUCCUGGAUCAGGGUGUGGGUCGCGGUCGUCUCCCCAGAUUCUCCGAUCGCAACAGUCUUGCCUAUAUUGAUGCUGUCAUGCAUGAAUUAUUUCGCUGGCGGCCCAUCUCUCCAGGGUCAAUUCCACGCCGUGCUGAUCGAGAGGACGAAUUCGCGGGCGUGAAAAUCAGGAAGGGCGUGACCGUCAUGGCGAAUGCGUGGGCAAUCAGCCGCGACGAGAAGGUCUUCAAUCCUUCGCUCGGAGACGUCGAAGAUUUCGUACCUGAACGCUGGCUCCAUGAUGGAAAGAUCUGCGGUAACCUUCCACUACCUGUGUUCGGCCAGGGUCGUAGAAUUUGCCAGGGAAAGCGUGUUGCCACGGACGGCACGUUCAUGAAUAUCGCAAAUUUGCUUUGGGCAUUUGAUAUAGAAGCUGUAGAGGGUGAAGAAUUGGACCCUUGGGCGAUGAUGGUCGUGGGCUUCAUGACUGAGCCAAGGCUUUUCAAAUUUCGUCUGAAGCCGAGGGGCCAAUGGGUUCAUGAAGUAGUACAAAAGGAAUGGGCGAGUGCAGAGAUGAGCUUAGAAAGACUGAUGGGCCUUGCUCAUGAUGUAGAAAAGUAGCAUCGGUUCAUAGCGGAUCUUAUCAAUGUUUGCGCUUGGUGAUCGUGUGGUGCUUCGACCAAGUGGGUGUGAGACAAUGGAUGGACAAUGUUGAGAUCGAGUCAUGACCAAGUAUUUGACGAUACAAAUUUCAAAGCUAUGUCUUGACUGUUGCGACCAUAGAUUCCAGUGAGAUGUACGUACGAAAGCUUAAUGUCGACUCCGUGGAACGUGAUGUGGCGCCAUUGUGAACACCCGCCACAUCUGUCGAUACGACCAGGCCCUUUACCACCUCUUUUAAAAUCAGCACUAUGGCUACAGCUGCUUACUAUCUUGAAGCCUUGGACCUUCGCAGCGAUGGGCGGUGCGUCGCAAUUACUAUGAGUCGCAGUUGCUGUGAAGGCCGUGUCCAGCCCUGUUCUCGAAGACGGCCGGCUUAUGUACUACUAAUCCACGUGAACUGGAAUAGCU